AUGCAACAACAAUCGCGCGUCGCGGGCCAUUCGAUGCUUGCUCUGGUGUGUCUCAUAUCCGGCCUGAUGUUGUGGCACAGAGCUUUGUGUGGCUUUGUCUUUCGACAGUCUUCUCCAAGAGCUCUCGCGUGCUUGGGGCCCGUGAGGUGGAGAGGACCCAUUCCAGAUGCAGCUCAUGCAGAGGCCAACAUCAUCCGGGAAGCAAGACGAGCCCUGGAUCAUUCGGAUCCUUUCUCUCCGCUACCACCGAAAGCCGGGACCUGCCUAGGAAAGUUUGACGCUCUGCACCUGGGCCACCAAGCUUUAGCACAAGCAGCUCGAGACAUGGGCUUCGAGCCCUGGAUGAUUUCAUUCUCGGGUAUGGCGGAAGUUUUGGGCUGGAAGCCCCGCAGACCUCUUGUGGCACCUGAGCAUCGGUUAGACGUAUUGAGAUCCUUCGGUGCCCAAGAGCGUGUGCUGCCGUUCGCCCAGGUCCAGAAGCUCAGCCCUGAAGACUUUGUAGACCUGCUCGUUGAUAGGUUGGGCGCAUCUGCCGUAAUCUGUGGAGCAGACUUUCGCUUCGGCUUCAAGGCGAGAGGUGAUGCGGACAUGCUUCGAAGCCUCGCCAACGAAAGAGGAGUUGGGGUCAAAGUGGUGCCGCUGGAAACGUCGACGUCGAAGGAUGUGAAGUUCAGCUCUUCCCUUGUUCGACAACUCCUAGCUGAAGGUGACAUGCGAAGUGUGGCUGCUGUACUGGGACGGCCCUACCGCGUUUUCUGGCAGCGCAGCCGCUGCUCUCAAGGAACUACCUUGCACGUGAUGGACCCGUCAAACGAAGUGCCGAAGGAAGGCCGCUACAAAGUUUACAUUGGGACAAACAGACCUUCCGCUGGGCCCACCACAGUCCAGGUCUCCGGCUCGCAAGGAACUUUAGCGCUUGAAGCAGCUUGCAACGAGCUGAGCGGAGCUGCUGUUGACAUGCACUUUGGUGGAUAA